AUGACACUGACAGCUCAAGUUAAAAGGAAGAUGGAAGUGACGGACGUGCAGCCGGUAAGCGACGUGGAGCUGCGGGAGUGCUUCCCGGAGCCGCCGCGCGGCCCGCUGACGGCCUUCAGGAAGAAGGCCUCCUUCGACUGGCGCCGCAUGAAGCUCGCGUACGACUCCAUACAAGCUAUUAGAACAAAGAACAAAAUAUGGAGAUUCAUGGAGGAGCACCCGCUCUUCAAACAUACGGAGGCCACAAUGACACUGGACGAGCAGAGGCACCUCGCCACCAAGCGCAUGUAUGUCAUCCACAAUGCAGACCUUGUGCCCUUGGAAGAGAUAGCCAUGCACCCUCGGUUGUUCCAAUCCUUCACAGAAGCCAUGUUCAUGUUUGAUAGCUCGCUGGCCAUUAAACUAUCCCUUACGUUCCGCAUGUUCUCCAACACCAUCCGCGGCAGCGGCCGGGACCACCACUUCCCGCUCAUUGAGGCGUGCGACGAGGGCAGGAUCGGCGGCUGCUUCGCGCUGACGGAGAUCGCGCACGGCUCCAACGCCAAGGGCAUGCGCACGACGGCCACGUACGAUCCCGACCAGAAGUGCUUCGUGCUGCACACGCCCGACUUCGAGGCCGCCAAGUGCUGGGUCGGCUCGCUGGGUAAGUGCGCGACGCACGCUAUCGUAUACGCCAUGCUGAUGUCGAAGGGCAAGAACCACGGCCUGCAUGCCUUCGUGGUGCCCAUCCGCGACCCGCACACGCUGCGCCCACUCGCGGGGGUCACCGUGGGUGACCUCGGCGAGAAGGUCGGCCUCAACGGGGUGGACAACGGAUUCGUGAUGUUCAACAAGUACCGGCUGCCGCGGGAGGCCGCGCUGGACAAGCUGGGCGGCGUGGACGAGGCCGGCGAGUACCGCUCGCCCUUCAGGGACCCCGCCAAGCGCUUCGGCGCCUCGCUCGGCGUCCUGUCGGGUGGUCGCGUGCACAUAACGUCGAUCUCGACGAACUACCUACAGAAGGCGGUGGUGAUCGCGGUGCGAUACUCGGCCGUACGCAGACAGUUCGGGGAGGAGGGCGCCGCCGAGGAGACGCCGGUGCUGCUCUACCAGCAGCAGCAAAUCCGCCUGCUGCCGUACCUGGCGGCCACGUUCGCGAUGCGCGUGUUCUGCAACUGGUUCGGGGAGGCGCACGUCAGGAUGUCCAUCGAUAAUAUUAUGGGCUCGGAGCGCGCCUCGCUGGCGGCGGCGCGCGGCGUGGAGAUGCACGCGCUGUCGAGCGCCGCCAAGCCGGCGUGCGGCUGGGCGGCGCGCGACGGCAUCCAGAACUGCCGCGAGUGCGCGGGCGGACACGGGUACCUCACAGCCGCCGGUAUCGGCAAUCUUCGCAACGACAACGACGCCAACUGCACGUACGAGGGCGAGAACAGCAUGCUGCUGCAGCAGACCAGCAACUGGCUUCUCAAUGUAUGGAGCCGGAGGGACCAACCCGGCUUCGCUGACACGCCCUUCGGCUCCAUACAGUUCCUCGCCAGGCAUCAGGAUCUACUGGCCGAGACAUGCAGGUGGAACAGCAAGGAGGAGAUCGUGCACCCAGCCAACGUGGUGCACAUGUACGCGUGGCUGACGACCUACAUGCUGAAGCUGACGGCCGACAAGGUCUCGCGGCUGAAGGCUCAGGGCGGGAGCAGCUACCAAGUGAGGAACGACUCGCAGUCCUACACCGCCGUCACGUUGUCAGUGGUCUACGGGGAGCAUUUCAUUUUGAAUCACUUUUACAAAACUGCGCUGGCGUUCGAAGACGCGGCGUGCAGAGCCGUGCUGCUGAAGCUGGCGGCGCUGUACGGCGCCUUCAUGCUGGAGAGGCACAUGGCCACUUUGUACAUUGGCGGGUUCUUCUCAGCGGAGCAAGGCUUGCUGCUGCGAGAAGGCGUGCUGGCUAUGUGCGCGGAGCUGGCGGGCGAGGCGGCGGCGCUCGCAGACACGCUGGCGCCGCCCGACUGGUGCCUCCACUCCGUGCUGGGCUGCGCCGACGGCGAGGUACGUACUGUCGCUGUGGCGGAGCUGGCGGGCGAGGCGGCGGCGCUCGCAGACACGCUGGCGCCGCCCGACUGGUGCCUCCACUCCGUGCUGGGCUGCGCCGACGGCGAGGUACGUACUGUCGCUGUGGCGGAGCUGGCGGGCGAGGCGGCGGCGCUCGCAGACACGCUGGCGCCGCCCGACUGGUGCCUCCACUCCGUGCUGGGCUGCGCCGACGGCGAGGUACGUACUGUCGCUGUGGCGGAGCUGGCGGGCGAGGCGGCGGCGCUCGCAGACACGCUGGCGCCGCCCGACUGGUGCCUCCACUCCGUGCUGGGCUGCGCCGACGGCGAGGUACGUACUGUCGCUGUGGCGGAGCUGGCGGGCGAGGCGGCGGCGCUCGCAGACACGCUGGCGCCGCCCGACUGGUGCCUCCACUCCGUGCUGGGCUGCGCCGACGGCGAGGUACGUACUGUCGCUGUGGCGGAGCUGGCGGGCGAGGCGGCGGCGCUCGCAGACACGCUGGCGCCGCCCGACUGGUGCCUCCACUCCGUGCUGGGCUGCGCCGACGGCGAGGUACGUACUGUCGCUGUGGCGGAGCUGGCGGGCGAGGCGGCGGCGCUCGCAGACACGCUGGCGCCGCCCGACUGGUGCCUCCACUCCGUGCUGGGCUGCGCCGACGGCGAGGUACGUACUGUCGCUGUGGCGGAGCUGGCGGGCGAGGCGGCGGCGCUCGCAGACACGCUGGCGCCGCCCGACUGGUGCCUCCACUCCGUGCUGGGCUGCGCCGACGGCGAGGUACGUACUGUCGCUGUGGCGGAGCUGGCGGGCGAGGCGGCGGCGCUCGCAGACACGCUGGCGCCGCCCGACUGGUGCCUCCACUCCGUGCUGGGCUGCGCCGACGGCGAGGUACGUACUGUCGCUGUGGCGGAGCUGGCGGGCGAGGCGGCGGCGCUCGCAGACACGCUGGCGCCGCCCGACUGGUGCCUCCACUCCGUGCUGGGCUGCGCCGACGGCGAGGUACGUACUGUCGCUGUGGCGGAGCUGGCGGGCGAGGCGGCGGCGCUCGCAGACACGCUGGCGCCGCCCGACUGGUGCCUCCACUCCGUGCUGGGCUGCGCCGACGGCGAGGUACGUACUGUCGCUGUGGCGGAGCUGGCGGGCGAGGCGGCGGCGCUCGCAGACACGCUGGCGCCGCCCGACUGGUGCCUCCACUCCGUGCUGGGCUGCGCCGACGGCGAGGUAUACAAGCACAUCCAGGACGGCAUCCUGACGUACCCCGGCGCGCUCGCGCGGCCGGCGUGGUGGCGCGACGUCGUGCACUGGCGCUCCUACGUGCCCGCCAAGCUGUAGACACACUCACACUCAAACACACACACACACACACACACACACACACACAAAAUUUAUAAGAUACCUUCCGGAUUUCGGGCACGGUGUUCGGGCGCGAUAUCUUUUUAUUUGGCUGUACCUUGAUAAAAAUGUACAGCAAUUGUAAUAGCACUUCUAAAUGAACAAAAAUACUCCAAAACAAACCUUAUCUUUAUAUUCUAAGUCUAUAUAAAAAUAGUGGGGAUCCGUUUAAGGGGAUAUUCUGAUUACAAAAAAAUAAAGAAAAAUUAUUUGACACGAAAAUUUGAUGGCUCUUGUGUGGAGGGCUUUCUGAUUACAAAAAAAUAAAGAAAAAUUAUUUGACACGAAAAUUUGAUGGCUCUUGUGUGGAGGGCUUAAAUUUUUUUUUUCGUGUCAAAAUUUUACUCUGCUGCUUUUUUCUAAUCAGAACACGGUAACAAAUAUGCCCUUAAAAGGAUCCCCACUAAUUUUGUUGAACCUUGUACGAAACGCAUAUCGGAAUUGGUUUACCCAAUGUCCCGGUAGAUGGCGCUGUUACAUCGGUCAACUAGCGAACGUUAGUUCAACGUAGUUUUAUAAGGUGUUAAACUUUUUUUGUAUUUAUCUUAGGAUUUGUGUGGAGAUUUUUACUAGUAGAAUAAAUACACGUCAGUUUGUUGUUAAACUCGGUAUGUAAUUGUAAUUAUCACAUUAGCUAGUUAGCUACUGACAAACGAUGUAUGAUGCAUUCCGUUUGUAAUUGUAUUUUUUGUAUAUUUUCUAAUAAACUGAAAGAAUAAUAAAAACCUAAAAUUUAUAAAAUACUUGGUGUAUUCCUAUCUGUCCCCGCCUCGGUCACGUGGUGCGGGGACCGGUGAAAAUAUUUUGAAUUUGAGUGCCAAACAUUACUUAUUUAUCUGAUAACUGUUCAAUACUGAAUUACUUAUACUAUUUUUAUUUCUUAUUAAUAGGACAGAUGUUUUUAUAAUAUUCAAAAUGAUGCUCAAUAUUUUUUGUUACCUACUCACUUUAUAGGUAAUAGUUUUUUUUUUAUAUAGUUAUAAGUAAUAAUUUUACAAUCGGACUAUAUUUUUGUUAAUGUAUUCAUUUAUACACGGUUAUGGUUACCUAAUAAACGGUUUUAUACAAGGG